AUGUCGUCUGUCCUCACUCAUGGGACUUGGACCGGAUUGAAUGGGCUCUCGUCUUCACAUAUUUCGCAUAUUUCUCAAUCACAGGAUUCCCCACCUGCACCUUCCUUUUCGCCCACCCAAACUCUAUCAUCCUCCCUUCGCACAGACUUUCCGCGAACACUCACCGCAACCCGUGCGCUACUCGAAGCAGAACAUGAUGACGAUGUGGCACUUUGGGGACAUGUGCAGGUUCUGAGAGUGGAGGGGAGUAUUCACAGUCAUCAUCCUCGCAUCAAAUCUCGGACAGCCAUCAGGAAACAAGGAAUGCUCUUGCUUAAGCACCGGUGGACCAUGGGAAGUGUGGGUGCUCAGAAUGUACAAGGUACCCAUCACGUCUACGUUGACUUUUUAGCCAAAAGGCACAAACUCACCGAUAUCCCGGCUUGGAAGCGCGGCGCACGUAGCAUGUAA